GUCAUCCCACGCUGGAGGGGCGGAGGGGAGGGGAGGGAGAGUGGAGUGAACUCAUAACUACUUACGAACUACUACGUAACAAAAACUCACAGGGUACAUUGAUCCACCUUUGAGAACGAUUUUCGGAAACAUUAUCAAUUAUUUUCUAUGACGGAUCCUUCAAGCUGUUUCAACCUGAGAGAGGACUUCCAGAGUGUAAAUUCACUGUUCAUCGCAGACCUGUGAUUCCACCUCCGUUGGCUGUCACUUCAGUUUUUCCCCCUGUUUUAACCACAUUAUCUUCCACGCCUAACAUUCAGUGUCAUUCGUUUUAUCGACCUCAGUUUUCCCUACUCGAGUUUCGAUAAGCUUCUUGUUUCCACACCUAUGUGUUUGGUGUCCUCUCCUUUAGUUUUUUGUGAUUGUGCCAGUUACUCUGUGAUAAAUUGCAAUGUUAGACGAAAUUUCCGUUGCGGUUAUCUUUUUAGUCCGCCUGAUAGAAAAAAGUGCAAACUUUAAUCAAGAGCAACUGGAAGGAUUUAAGCAGAGGUUGUCUGAGCUGUUGAUGAAACGCUUCCAAAAUCACUGGUUCCCUGAAACUCCAGCCAGAGGUCAAGCGUACAGAUGCAUUCGAGUCAACGAAUUCAGCCGCCGAGAUGCUGUCAUUGAAGAAGCAGCAAGCGCUUGCGGGUUCAAUUAUGAUGACAUGAAGCUCCCUGUUGAAUUAACCUUGUGGGUUGAUCCAAAUGAAGUUUGCUGCCGAUUUGGAGAAAAUAAAGGCUCCUACUGCACUUUAGCUUCAUUCAGUGAUAAGGAAAAUUCAGUCGCUGUAGACAGUAAAUCUCUCAAUGCCAUGGUUGAUCAAGUCAUGAACAUGAUAACGGAAGAAAAGCCUGCAAAGGCUCCGGUUGUUCCUUUAAGCUCGAAUAAUCAAAAACCAUCCGGUGGUCGGCGCCAAAAUGGUAACAAACAAAAGAUGUCCCGGAAGGGAAACCAAAUGGGUGGGAUGCCUCACAAUGGUUACCACCAUCCCAUGCAUUGGUACAGUCUUCUAGCGCCACAUUGGAUGCCCCCCUCUCAUCAGCCGCCUUUCCAUCCCAUUCUUGGGAAGUGGACACCUCAGCAACAGCAGCGCUACAACAGCUGGAAUUCAUCAAAAUCACUCGUCAAAGUCUAAGUACCCCUACUCAAUGUUCUAUGUACACGCAUCUUUUACUUAUCUCACCUCUUACGAUUCAUCCUUUAAAGUGUAUCUAUUUUGUUACUUGUAAUGCAUAGUUGUUCGCUGUUUAAAUUUUGUUCCGAAAAGGAGAGAAGGUGUUAGCCAGUUUUCUAAACUCAAUAAUUUUAUAAAUUGUUGCUAAUUCUGCAAUAAUCCUAUGUCAUAACCUUUUUUCUCUAUCUGUCCACUCUUUCAUUGGUCGUGGGUAUAUAUUUUUUUCUUUUUUAUAUAAACGCAGAACUGUGUUCUUCUCUUGGCUGCUUUACUUUUCUGUUUCAUGUUAGUUUUUUUUCCUCUAAAUAAUGAUUUAUAAUUGGUAAAACCAAAUACCAAUGUUGCAUGCACUUUAAUACUGUACAUAAAUUUCAGUUAAACUGUUUUAUUUUUGACCUUUAAAAUAUUACUAGUCAAAAUAUUAUCAAAAAAUUUUAUUCUAACCAUAAAAAUUCAGUUGUCUCUAGAUGAUCGUUAAUUCCAUUAUGUGUUUUAUCUAAUUUUGACUAAAGUUGUAGCUGCCAUAGCAGAAUAUUAUAUAUCAGUAUCUUGUCGCUUUAUUCUUAUUGUUUUAAUAAUGUUUUACUGAAUAUUGUUUCCAUAUUCAUUUUAUUAAACUUUUCUCUCUGUUCAUCAGAAGUAAGUCGUGUCCUUGGAUUUGUGACUCAUCAAGUCUUUUUUUCUGCUCAUAGCUGACCCUUGACCCCCUUUCUGUAUAUAUUUUUGAUGAAAUGAACAUGUUUUCUCUACGUUUUUAUGGAGUGAUUUAACUCAUCGAUUCAGCCCCUUCUGCAAAUAUCUCCUCAGUUUUCUACCUUUCUCAAAAUUGUUUUGUGAGCAUCAAAGCUUAUCUCGUCAGAUUUUUAAUCUAUGUAAUUAUGUUUUUAAAUGGUAUUCUGGUCCUUUUUUGUGGUUAGUGUUUCUCUUAUUCUGUGAAGUUUUGAAAUUCUUUAGGUUUACGAUCGGGAUAAAAAAUUUAAUGUCUGUAGUUUCCUCCUCCCAUUUUUUGGUAAAGGUAUCUUAUAAUUUAGGUAUUUUGGAAUUUAAAUACAUAUUCUUCUAAAGGCUGAAGGUUAACUGUUCAGAAUCUGCAAGAUAUUUUUUGAAGCUUUGAAAUUAAAAAAAAAAAAAAAACAAUUCAAUCAUAAUGAAACCAUUCUGUUGGUUUAAAAAGGUAUUUUCAAGCUCUAUUCACAUUUCCUUUUUAUCAAAGAAUAAUUCAUAAUUUUGCUUUCAAGAAUUCUUCAGUUUUAUGUUUAUUGUGAUCGUGAAGUAUCUUUACCCUUAAUUAUUUUCCAGAGUAGAGGUAUAAUUAUUAAUCGUAUUAUUUGUUUUAUGGCAAGUAGAAUUGUUCAGUCUGUACGCUUGAUUUAAAGCCAUUCUAUGAUUCUGACCCGAGAACCCCUCACGAACUCACUACGAUUAAUUUAUUUCUCUUCAUGUAUAUUUUGCCUUCUCCUGCUUGAUUUCUCUCGCUUCUAGGUUCCCUCAAUUUCUAUGGCAUGCUGAUGUAGAGGCUCGGCUUAGUUUUUGUUAUACUCAAAUGUAAUACUUUUUGUACUUUAUUUACUCGGAAAAAGAGGGAGUAACAUUUCAUCAUAGAAAAACAAUAGUUUUUUUCUUUAAGUGAUUACACUUACCUAACGUUGUUUAUUCGUUGAUUGCCGUUAUUUAGUUGGGCUAUAGGCUUAAUAUAUUAACCAAAAUUUAAUUUCAUCAAAUUGUUCUAUUUUUGUUGCAUAAAAUUCGUUCAAAGUUUUAGUUAAUUCACUUUUCUAUGUUCAUCCCAUUUGAAAAAUGCAUCUAGGAUUCUGUCAUUACCCGAAUAGUUUCGUUUAGACUUUGUUGUAACUUUUGCUCCUCUGAUCAGGAAGCUAGCUAAUAUGUUUUCAAGACCCAACCCUAGUAAAGAUUUCACUGUUUCAUUUAUUUAAAAUAAUAUAUUUGUGGCGUGGUCUCUAAGUUUAAAUUUUAUUCUAUUCAUUAUGUAAUUUUUUCAUGUUCUUCAACUUUUAGAGGUGCUUAGUUAAAAAAUGUUAGUAAUCAGAUUUCAUGUUUUUGUAGAUAUUUUUAUUUAUUCUUCAGCUUGUGUCAAAUUUAGUUUUUGAAACUUUUUGUUCUUCGUACUCCUCUUUUUUUUUUUACCUUCGGAUAAUUUAACUGCUAUUAGCACUAUUUUCCUUUACUUCACCGUCAGUUAAACUUCUCUCAGCUGUCUAGCCACAGUAAUGUGGUACUCUUGUGGAUAUUUUGUACAUUUUACACAAAAACUUACAGAUGAAGGCAGUUGGUACGAAAUGGGACAUCUGUAUUUUGCAUGGGAGAAGUUCCUUCAUGCAUUUACCAGACCAGUAUAGACUCAUAAUUGAAGAAUUUUUCGCUCAAUUCCUCUUCAUUACAAUUUUUGUCCUACAUUCGCCGAUUACUAAAAAUUUUUGGAGCAGUUAGUAGUAUGUAGACCAUUCAAAGUACUACAGGCAUCGAAAGCAAAUUGGUAGAGUGAAUUUACUUACUAAUCGGACAUUUUCUUCCCAAUUUUCAGACCACUGCUGUUUGAGCUCUAACCUCUUCUUCUUGCAUAAGAAGUUAGCUUUUUAUUUUGUGGCAGUUACAGCAUUAAUGCCACCAUUUUUGCAUCAAGUGUUUCUGAAUCAUUAUUAAUGUCUCAUAAUUUUAUUAAAAAGAAGUAAUGAAGCAGGCAGGCAGCUGAGGUAAUUUAACUUUCUUUUCAUCUCUUUUUCAAUAUUUUUGUCGUUACAUGCUCUUCCUUCUUUUACAUAUCUUUUCUUUAAGCGCCCCCCCCCCCUUUUUUUUUUCUCUUGUAUCGUAUGAGACGUUUGUCUCUUAGGUUUUGUGUUGCCUGCAAAACUGUAAAAUUUUUACAGUCAAGUGCGGUGUCUGUGAAUUGAAUUUUUGUUUCUUUUUUGCUUACCUACACCUUUUUGCACUAGCCUUACUGAAUGUAAUGGUAAUUUCAUUAUUUUGGCCUGUUUUGUUCAAUUCAUUUCUUCAGUUUUUUUAUUUUUUUCCCUCUUAAGUCAAGCUCAUUGCACUAAGUUUAUUAUUAAAUUAUUAAUGCUUUCAUCUGUUCAAUUGACCGAUUUAAGUUUUAGUUAAUUACUGAUUUCGAUUAUUAUUAAAUGUUCUGUCUCUAUAAUUUGCCUUAAAUUAAAUUAAUUAUAAAUCGCCUAAGGUGGAAUGUGUAGAUUGAAACAACGGAUGAGUAGUUUCAUGUCUCCCUUUCUUACGAUAGAUCAUAUACUCCUGUGCUUUGCCAAGUAUUGAUUGCAUGCAUUACUCUUAUUCUUAUGACAUUUUACGUUCGCCUAUUUUUUGCCUUUCUUUUUUUCAUUUGUUUCUUGUUUAAUUAACAUUUAUAUUGUUAAAUUGUUAGAUAAAUUUUAUUUUUGAAAGUAGAUUGUUUUAGUGGAGUUUUAUUUGAUUUUUUUAGCCUUAACUUCAAUUGGAUUCUAGUUGAAUACGGAAAAUAUAGUCAAAAAGUUUAGAAAAGAAUUCUAAUCAUUUGUAUUUAUUCAAUUUUUUCAAGUAUGUCAACUUAAUUGACUCUGUGACUUGGUCACUGUGUACGUCUUCUCUCCCUGCCCUAAAUAUUAUUGGUUGGUUAAUAUCUUGUUUUAAAUAAUGGAAAUUAAAACCAAGAACGAUUGUACAAGACUUAGAAAUUUAAAAUAAGGAAAUUUCGGAGGUCUCUAUACUUAGUGUUUUUUCUUGUAGUUUGUGUAUGUUUUCUCUUAUGAAACAAAGCACUUUAAACUUGAACAUGCGAUGAAUUUUAUCCAAUCAGCAAACAUUUUUUACACAGUAAGUAGCUACAAAUAAAAUUGGUCCAUUCCUUCCAGAAAACAUUGAAAAAACAUUUUCUCGAAUUUUCCCCCCAAGAUUUUUGUAUUCCAUACACUUCUUUCCUUCCUCCUUAUCAAAAGUUAAAGCUUAAUGAGUUCAUGCUGUUAUCCUAUAAUUGUUUUGUAGCAUUCAGCCUCUCAAAGGAAACCUAUGCAAACCUUUUUCCAUCCAAGAGUGCUUAACAAUAUCAUAAAAUAAGUUUAUAGUUAAUUUAAAUUGUUUCUCUCUAGUACUUUAUACUACAAUUCCCUUGCCACUUUUUGUGUCGUCAGCGUAUUUCAAACCCCACAUGCAUGAAAAAAGUUUUCAUGACCUGAAUUUUCUGAAACCAUUUUUAUCGUAACAUUACAAAUUCCUUCUCGAACAAGGAUAUUAUUUAAGUAGAAUCACACUCAAAAUCCGAAAAAUUUUUAAUUCCUAAUUGCUGACCUACUUAUCGCUAUCACUGCCAAUGCCUUUUUCAGAAUGUCAUAUGUAUCUAUUAUUAUACCCUCAGGCUCACUGAAUGUCCAUCUAGUAAUUUUACCAAUGUCAUUCCUCUUACUGAUUGAUAAUUAGUAUGUAUGGAUGGGAAUUCUCAGCGAAAACAGUUCUGAUACCAUUUAAAUUUCAGCGUUUUAGCAUCCUUGGUUGAGAAUGCUCUUGUCUGAUACACGGCACUCAAAGUUCAGUCAGUAUUCAAAAUUAAUAUUCUCUCUUUCCUUCACUGAUUUUAACAAAUGUGACACUGAUUUUCAGUCUGUAAAUAAAUUAUCCUAAAAAAAUUUAAAAUUUAACCGGUUAAGUAUUUCAGUGCCUUUGCAAAUGCUUAUUUUCUACCUUAUUAUUGUAUUUAACUAACCAAUUGCAAAAUUCUGCUCUGGCGGCAUUUCUUGUGGGGGGAAAAUGACCAAAAAAAAGGCAGACAUCAAAUUUAUUUUAUCUCAGUGAAACGUCACAUGCUUUGAUGGGAAGGAAGGUGGGGGAUCACAACUCUUGGACUUGCACUAAGUAUUUUAAUCAGGGUUCGGUUCUAACGAAAAUCUCCAGCUUAAACGAUUUAAUUCCCUAUUUCUUGCAGAUUUUAUACUUUUUACUUUUUUUUCCGUUUUUGGGAUUUAAUGUAGAAACUGUCAGUUAGUUCUUAAAAUUAGAUGUCUUUUAGGCACUCUGAAUUCACUCAAUUUUUUUAAACACUUUGAAUGUAUUCACCAGAUUUAGGUAUAGAUUUGGUACUGUCACAGCAGUAAAAUUUCUUUACACUGCUUGCAUAUUCACAAGAAAGAGAUUCGAAGGUGGAUGUUAGUUCCAAUUUCAACUCCUGAAGGUAGUCAUGUGCGGGUCGUCUUAAACAUCAAAAUACUUUUGCUUGUCAGCUGCAUAUGGAAUUUUUAUGCAUACACUAGCCAUGCAUGGUUUUUUUUUUUUUUUUUUUUUUUUUUUUACUGAAUUGGAACUACUGAUUAUUUGAUUUUGAAAUAAAUUGAAAAAUAUUAUUAUAGAGACAUUUUUCCUAGUGUGGUAUUUGUUAUCAAUGCAUUUUUUUUUCUUUUGCCGCAGCUCUGUCUGUUGUUCAUUCCCAUAAGUUCAGAAGUCAUAAAUCUAAUUACACUAGUGAAGGAAGCUAAUUAUGUCUGUCAGAUUCAGUUACUGAUGUAUUCUCCUGUUUUCAAAGAGAAUUCAUACAAGUUAGUUCGCAAUGCAAAGAAAUUUUACUGCAGGAAAAUAUCAUUAAUUUUUUUUGAUAAGUAAAUUGUUAUAUCAUCUCGUUUUAUUUAAUUUGCGUAGUUUACUAGCGCGCACUUUCCCCAGUAUAUUAGGCAUCCAUUUUUGUUUCAAUGUAGCGGCAUAUUGCAACCUAGUUAUGUUCUCAAUUACUUAGAUGUACUCACCGUAAAGCUUCAAUUGAAUUUGUAUCUUUAAAAAUCUAAUUUCACUGACUGCACUCAGUAAUUACAUGUUCUUACUCACAUUUGGCAUAUUUUGAUGUCGUGUAGCAGGACUGCUGUGCUAAGGAAAAACGCCGUAUGAGCUUUCAGAUGUUGUCCAAUUUCCUACUUUAAGACGCUCAUUUUUUAUGAGAGUUAUGACUGGGUAUUUUCUUUUGAAAUUUUCAGAUAAUUUAGUGUGUACUGAAUGUGAAUAAUAUUCACUGCUUAAUCUGAAGAAAAAUAUCAACAGAUUCCUCUGAAACUUCACUUUUGAUGAAAGAAAAUUUGGCAACAUCUGAAGGUUCAUACUGCGUUUUUCCUUAGCCUGGCGGAGUAGGUUUAAGUAGUCAGUUUAUCUUUUCAUAUUGUGUACCAAAACUAUCCAAAGGGACAAUUAUCAUCAUUAUUUUUAGUGAAAUAUUUUACACUUUUUUACUCGGUAGGUCUUUCUCAUAGGUAGCCAAACAUCUGUUUGCAUUCAGUGUGUAUCACUGUCAUUCUGUUCAUAGGUUGAUGUACAUUUAUUCCGAGGGUUCAGUUUAACUUGCUUAGUGAAGUUAUUUUCAUUGUAUUAACACUUAUCCUUAAUCGGUGUUCUGUUCUUAUUUCAAGUUACUAAUCACAAUUUUUUUGCAAUUCACAACUUGUCUUUUAUCUUCUCACUCUUUUCCUACCUAUCUUUGAUGAAGUAAAAUGUUUUGUACGCAUUUAUUGCAUUUAAGGAAGCAUAUUAUUUAUAUUAUUGUGUUAUUAACAUGAACUUUUAUCUCCAAUCUAAUUCUAUUAAAAAUACUUAUCAUCAUUUCAA